AAAAGAAGAAAGAAAAGAUUAGGGGGAAUAAAAGAAAAUGGUUCGUAUUGUGCGGGGUUUGACAUUAAGGUGGAACAACGAAUGAAAGAAGCUUUAGUAGUCCUACUCCUCCAUUUGUUUUUCAUAAAGAGGCCAAUUGUAAUCUGAGUUUUUGAAGCAAAUCCAUCGAAAUGGCAGCAUCGUCUUCUUCUCCUUCAAAGGAGCCACAACUCAAGGACGAGGAGGAUCGGGAACAAGAGGAACAACACCAACAGCCACAGCCAGUCAAAGAGUGCGUCCACAAAACCAAAACGAUCCAGUUUCUCGGACGUACCACUCCGAUCGUUCUUCAAAACGACAACGGACCCUGCCCGCUCCUCGCUAUCUGUAAUGUUCUGCUGCUGAGAAACAACUUAAAUUUGAGUCCAGAUAUUGCUGAAGUCUCACAGGAGAAAUUGCUUUCAUUGGUUGCUGAACGAUUAAUUGAUUCAAAUAGUAAUGUGAAUAACAAAGAUGCAGGCUAUGUUGAAAAUCAACAACAGAACAUUGCUGAUGCAAUUGACUUACUCCCUAGGCUUGCUACUGGAAUUGAUGUAAAUAUAAAAUUUAGGAGAAUAGGUGAUUUUGAAUUCACUCGAGAGUGUGCCAUAUUUGAUCUGCUGGACAUUCCCUUGUAUCAUGGCUGGAUUGUUGAUCCUCAGGAUUAUGACACUGCGAAUGCAAUUGGAUCAAAAUCCUAUAAUUCCCUUAUGGGAGAGCUUGUCUCUCUUGAAACACUAAACAUGGAGGUCCAUCAUAAAAAUAAUCCAGAAGAAGAUUGUGUUGAUUUUGUGGCUGCAACAACUGCUACUCUUGGAGUUCCCUCUCCCAGUCUUUCAAAAGCCAGGUCGUUUGAUGAUUCUUCUCAUUCUAUUUCUGAUCAUAUACAAAGAAAAGGUGAUCUAGAAGAAGAGGCAGAGUUGUUGAGAGUCUUGAAAAUGUCCGAGGAUGAAAGUGAUCCUGUUGUAGGUCACAUGCAUGGAGGAGAAAUUUCUGUCAGUAUGGAUAGAAAAAUGUGUAAUGACGAGGUUAUAAAUAUGGAUUGUGGAGAUAAAUUAGGAAAUAGCUCUGGUGCUGGUAACAGUAACUUUCAUGAGCAUGGCCCAGAGCCUUCCUUAUCUGAUGAUUGUGCUGCUUCUGGCAAAGACCACAGCGAACAGAUAUCUUCUACUUCUACACUGGGAGAGGCAGCUAAUUCAUCCUUAAAGACUGAUACCAUAAGUGACCUUCAUCAAUCAACUUAUACGGGACCUGAAGAAUCUUUUGACCUGAAUGAUGUGAUUGAGAAGAACAGCCUUGAUGCAUUGGUUCAGAAUGAGAGUGAAGUUAUCCCUUCUCCUGAAAAACACUCUGUCUCUUUGUUUGAGUGCCGUGCAGAUUUUUCUGGAGGUGAUGGAAAAGUCCAUGAUCAAUCCACUCCUACAACUAUAGAUCAUGAAGUUGUAGGUGAAUCUCAUGGACCUGAUGCCACAGGAUUAUCAUUCUCAUCCCCUGGCCAUACAAAUUCAGAUUCAUCUAGUGUCAGAUAUCAUCAAACUGAUGUUUCUGGAGCAUUGACUUCAAGUGUUCAAGGGAGUGAGCCCAUAUAUGAAGGAGAGGAAUGUGUAUUGGAUACAAGAACUGGAAAUUUUGAGGAUCGUGAACCUGUUUAUGAAGGUGAGGUGGUACUUGCAGAACAGGCUGACAGAAGCACCUUAGUUGCUCCUGAUCUAAGAGCUAAGGAUGAACUUACUCCAGAACAAGGUGAAUUGAUCAAGAGUUUCUUGAGGAAUAAUGCCAGCCAGUUGACAUUUUAUGGUCUUUUCUGUUUACAAGAUGGGCUUAAAGAGCGUGAGCUGUGUGUUUUUUUCCGUAACAAUCAUUUCAGCACCAUGUUCAAGUUUGAGGGUGAGCUCUAUCUUCUAGCCACGGACCAAGGUUACAUAAAUCAGCCUGAUCUGGUCUGGGAAAAACUGAAUGAGGUCAAUGGUGAUACAUUGUUUAUGACCGGUAAUUUCAAGGAAUUCAAGGUAGAAAACCAUGAAAGUAGUACUUGGGAUGAGAACAAUGCUCUGACCAGCACUGCCGACUAUCUUGCCAGCAUAGAUAGUGCAACACAUGCAGGCUUAGAUAUCAAUUCUGAUCUCCAAUUAGCAAUAGCCUUGCAACAACAGGAGUUUGAGCAGCAGCCACCACGCCAGAAUAAUUCACAGCCGCAAUCAUCCAUUAGUGGUAGCUCUAGACUGGUCACAGGUCCCCAGGUGGCAAGAAACACUGGAAGACAUUCAUCUUCAUCAACAUCUGCAUCUCCCAGGUCUGAUGCAAAAUCCAAAGAUAAAUGUAUAGUGAUGUGAUGUGAAUUUCACUAGCAGAGUUUGUUUAGAAGCUUGCACUUUAAAAUGCGUCGCCUAGAUAAUUGUACCUUAUUACAGCUAUCUUAUUCCUCAUGCUUUGCAUGUGAUAUUAGGUUAAGUUUCUUUUGUAAAUAUUGGAAGUAUAUAGUGUACAACAGUGCUAGGUCCUUUUUAAACUGUGACCACAACACUCAACCCUUCCCGCCGUCGCUUAAUAUUGUCUGGACUAACAAUCCCAACCAUUGUAUGCUGAUUGAUUUUGCAGCACUUUAAGUAGGGAGUUAAAGCUCAGUCGGCUCAGGUUUACCAUUGCCAUUUCACCUGUGUGUCCUCUCGAUUAGAUACUGUUGCCAACUUGCUAGAUAGAUGUUAACUGACUGGGAAUGUGCAUGGUAUUAAAUUUUUAAGGUAAAAAGGUUGAUUUUUAAAUUUUGGAAGUAAUACAUUCUUUUUUCUUUUCAUACCACGUAGUAUUUGCUUGUAAUGACAAUUUUUAGAAUGAGCUAGUAAUUUAACUUUUAA